UCGGGCUCCGGCGUCCGCGUCAUGGACGAGCUGCCUGGCGACCUGCGCGCCUUCCUGCGCGAGCAUCCGAGCCUGCGGCCGCAGCCCGACACCGGCAAGGUUAGGUGUGAGCUGACUGGCCACGAGCUGCCCUGCCGCCUGCCCGAGCUCCAGGUCUACACCCGCGGCAAGAAGUACCGGAGGCUGGCCGCGCCCGACCCGGCCUUCGACUAUGCCCGGUUCGAGCCCCACAUCGUGCCCAGCACCAAGAACCCGCUCCAGCUCUUCUGCAAACUCACCCUCCGGCACAUCAACAAGUCCCCUGCCCACGUGCUUCGGCACACCCAGGGCCGCCGCUACCAGCGGGCUCUGCACAAGUACGCCGAGUGCAAGGAGCGGGGCGUGGAGUAUGUGCCUGCCUGCCUCCUAAACCAGCGGAAGAAGAGGGCAGGCCCCGCGGACGGGGACGCGCCACCUGGGCCCAGGGCAGCCUUCUGGGAACCCGUGUCCAGUGAGGACGAGGGUGCUACGCUGAGUGACAGUGGCGACAGCAUGACGGACCUGUACCCACCUGAGCUGUUCACCCCAAAGGCUGGGGCCGAGGACCUCGCUCCAGAUGAGGAGCUGGUGCCCAAACGCAGGAAGCAGCAGCAGCAGCAGCAGCAGCGGCGACGGCAGAGGCGGGGCUCUGCGGGGAAGCCCAGAAGCCUUGGCGCUCGCAAACAGACCCGUUAGAGACCAGCGUCCAGCCGCGUGCACCCAGCCAGAAGGAUGUGUCCACGUGUGGUGGCAGGAAUAGCACCU